CCUGUGGCUCACACAAAAAUACAUCCUGAUCAGAAACUAGGUGAAAGUGUUCAGCAACUUCUUCUAGCAAAAAUUGCAGUCUACUUGAUGACCUUCUUAAUAGUCACAGUGGCAUGGGCAGCUCAUGUAAGGUUGUUUCAGGUGAUAGAGCUUAUAGAUGAUGUCCUCGCUCUUCUAAAUCUGGCCUGUAUGAUGAUCAUAACUUUCUUGCCAUACACUUUUUCCUUAAUGGCCUCCUUUCCAGAGGUACCUUUUGGCAUUUUCCUGUUCAGUGUCUGUGCUGUUGUCAUUGGCCUUAUACAGGCUGUGAUAGUACUGUAUGGAUUCUAUCACCCACACUUGCUGAAUCAACAGAUACAGGUGUCUGAAAACCAGAAUUUCUAUAAACGUCAUAUCUUAAAGAUUAUCCUGAGAGGACCAGUUUUAUGCUUUUUAGCAGCCAUCUUUUCUUUUUUCUUUAUUCCUUUGUCUUAUGUACUUCUUGGGCUCGUAAUCGUUUUUCCGCAUCUCACUCGAUUCAUUACAUGGUGUAAAACCAAGAUUGUUGGUCAGAGAGAUGAAGAGGAAGAACAGCAUAGCUUAGAAACCUUCACUUUUUACCUCAGUGAGCCUCUGAGUAAGGAACGGGUAGAAGCAUUCAGUGAUGGAGUCUAUGCUAUUGUAGCAACCCUGCUCAUUUUGGAUAUAUGUGAAGACAACGUCCCUGAGCCCAGAGAAGUUGAGGAGAAGUUCCAUGGCAGCCUUCUUGAAGCUUUAAGUGAAUAUGGGCCAAACUACCUUGCCUACUUUGGCUCAUUUGUAACAAUUGGUCUCCUGUGGUUUGUCCAUCACUCGCUUUUUCUUUAUGUAACAGAAGCUACACGAUUAAUGGGGCUGCUUAACAUACUUUCAUUGGCUUUCAUUGGUGGGCUUCCACUGGCUUACCAGCUGACCAGUGAAUUUGCAGAGAAGUCUCACAAUGAAAUAGAAGCCAUUCAGGUCAGCUGUGUUAUCACUUUCUUUGCCAGCAUAUUUCAGUUUGCAAUAUGGACUACAGCGCUCCUCCAUGAAAGGGAAACUUUGCAUCCCUUUGCUAGAUAUGGUGGCAAGGAGCAUGCCUUCAUGUUUGCCAAGCUGGCUCUCUACCCUUGUGUAAGCCUUGGGGCCUUCUUUUUAACAUGCUUGUUAAGUGAAUUCAGCACAGCCAUUUUCCAUCUUAUGCAGAUUGUAAUCCCAUUUGCUUUUCUUGCCUUGCGCAUUUUUGUUAGAAUUUCUCUAACUGUUAUAAAGUCUGUGAUGUCUCUCUCCAGACGGAAGGUUGUAGUGUUAGAAGAGGAGGAGGCAUGUUUGUCUCCUACUGAAACACUGUCCUAAAUUUCCACCAGUGCAUGUGACAUUGUAAUGUUAACUUGAGUUCUUCUAACUCGCAUUAUCUUCUUGUGUGGAUUAUACUGAUCUAAACCAAAGCCUGCAUUGGCCAUAACUGGGGAAUAUUUAAGU